AGAUAAUCUGUGCAUCAGUUAGUUUUACAUCCCAUCAUAUUUAAUUAUUUCAGGAUUUGUUGGUAGUAUUGUUAUCAAUCUAUUCAAUGUUCGAACUUGUGUUGUACUAAGUGGACUGAUGAGUUUGGUUGGUUUUGGUUUAAGCAGUUUAGUAACAGACUUUAAAUUUUUAUUCUUAACAUUUGGUUUAAUAGCAGGAUGUGGACAAGCUAUGGCAUUGACUGGGUCUAUGGUUGUUGCAGGAUACUACUUUAAAGAAAGAACAGGAAUGGCUACGGGAAUUGUGACCAGCGGUUCUGGUGUAUCCUUAUUUGUAUUUCCCCAUCUAACCCAGUAUCUAAUAGACACUUAUACUUUACAAGAAACAUUUCUCCUACUAGGUGCUAUUGGGUUUCAUUCUGUAAUCUGUGGAGCAUUGAUGCGACCAACACAAUUUGAAAUCAAAUCAAAUUUUUGUACAAUUCGUAAAGAUGCCAAAAGAACGUCUGCUGAAAAAAUGAAGGUUUCAUCUAAAUUUGGUUCAUUAAUAUCUUUACCAUAUAUGCUCCUUUUGAUUAGUUCGACUGCGUUGGGUGCUGCCUUGUCCACAGUUUAUCUUUUUCUUCCCCACUUUUUCAAACAAUCAGGUUCUUCGCCUAAGGAGAUUGGGGUUAGUUUAUCUUUUAUGGGAGUUGGGGGAUUCAUUUCUAGGAUUUUACUUGGAUUUCUGACCAAUUCGACGGAUGCAACAAUUUUGCUGGGAAGCACAUUUGGUAUUGUAGGAAUUGCAACAUUAUUUUUGAAUAACUUGGCAUCUGUAGGGAGCAGGAUAGCUUAUUCAACUAUAUUUGGCCUUUAUACGGGUGGUUGCUGGACUCUACAACAUGCUAUAUUAGUUGAAAUUGUUGGUUUAUCUAAAUUAUCGACAGGUUAUGGUAUAAAUAUGUUAUUGUGUGGCAUUGGUUAUCUUACGGGACCACCUUUAUUGGAAUUAAUGGUAAUGUCAUUUAAUGAUGAAUAUUAUGUAUUUGUUUGUGCUGCUGUGAUGUUAUUUUUGACGUCAUUAACGGGAUUUGCAAUACGAUUGGUGGUGAAGAAAUCUAUAUCAUCACAAUCAUUUACAGAUGAACGGGUGGCACGAGACACCGACAUUAAACAAGAGUUGAUUGAAAGUACAAAUUUACGACAAUUUGAAAGUACCAUAGAUACCCGUGAAGCUGAACAGCUUAUCAGUUGGACCGAAACAGAACUAUAAACAAUACAUUAAGUUAUAUACCAUUCGUUUAGUGGCACAAGCAUUCUGUGUAACUACCAUUAUUACCUUGAGCGAAUAGAGCGAGAAGGCGGUCUUUUCAUGCCCCCGGCAUCUGCUGCACUUUAAUUGUUUUAUUGUAUGUCAAUAAUAUCAUACAUUAUGGAUUAUACUUGCACAAAGAUAUUUAACUUUGACAACAGUUUAGCAGUUAUUUCUCUUCAGACAAAGUAAAU